AUGGGGCUGGUACACCCUACCGAUGGCGACUGGCGGACUCGCCUCAUCGUCCAUCCAUCCAUCCAGCCCCACACGUUCACAGGCCUUUUGACCACAGGCAAACUGAUCUUCAUCCUCGACCUCGUCCUAUUCACACUGAUCACCGGCCUCAUGACGUAUCGCUUCGUCAACUAUCCCGGGACAUUCAAGGCCUCGCUGACUCACCCAACGGAAUCCCUUUUCGCCGCGACCUCUCUGAUCGCCCUGGCUAGCAUCAUCGCCUGCAUUGGCAAGUAUGGCGUUCCCGAGUGCGGCCCCUGGCUGGUCACAGCCUUUCGUGUCAUCUUCUGGAUCUACUACGCCGCGGCCUGGCUGAGCGCUAUCGUAGCAUACGUUGCGCUUUUCACCAACCCUGAGCUCAAGAUCCAGGACAUGACGCCUGGAUGGGAUCUUCCCAUAUUCCCGAUCAUGCUCACGGGCACCGUCGCAAGUGCAGGCUCAGCGUUCCAGCCGCCGGAUCAGGCGGUGCCCAUGAUCGUGGCCGGACUCAUUGCGCAAGGAUUGGGCUUCUGGGUUUCGAUCCUUAUGUAUGCGAGCUACCUGCGCAGGAUGAUCCAGUACGGGUUUCCAAGCCCAGCGAGCCGCCCAGCUAUGUUCAUCGCUGUCGGGCCGCCGAGCUUUACCGGCUUGGCAAUCAUGGGCAUGGCAGGGAACUGGCCAGCGGAGAGCUACAACUAUUUCGGAGGUGAUCCGGCGAUGACGUUAACGACGCUGAAGGUCCUGGCGCUUGUAACGGCGUUGUUCCUUUAUAGUCUCAGCUUUUGGUUCUUCUCUGUGGGCGUAGUCAGCACGGUGAAAGUGGCGCGGGAGCUGAAAUUCAAGUUGAACUGGAAUGCGUUCGUAUUCCCAAAUGUCGGCUUCACAAUUGUGACGAUUGAGAUUGGGAAGCAGCUGAAGAGCGAGGGGGUGAAGUGGGUUGGCAGUAUUAUGACUAUCCUAUUGAUAGCGCUGUACUUGUUUGUGCAGGUCAUGUGUGUCCGGGCGGUGUGGAAUCGAGAGGUCUGCUUCCAGGGCAAGGAUGAAGACAACUACUUCACGGAAAGGAUGAUGAAGAAGGAGAAGUUGGGAGCUGUUGGGGCGAGUGGGCUAGAGAAGGAGGAGUGA